GCGCGUGUCAGCGCGCAUGAGCAGCCGAGUACAACAUGGCGGCGACCAUUGCGCAUCCCAUUCGACGGCAACAAAGAGAUAGAAGAAGAGGGAGACGAGAGGCUAGAAACUGGCCGGUUUCCCUCAGAUGUCAGCACAUUGGGUCGUAUGUCGCGGUGGUGGUAGUGGAGGUGAAGGCGAUCGGUGGUGCGGUGGUCGAGCCUACAGAGUGAUAUAGUGGAUAACGUUAGAGAGUGACGGUGUACAUAACUUCUACCAGCGCCGGAGAGUCGAGUCUUACGCAUUUUCGUCUCCCGUGCGGGGGCUACCCUUCGCAAGAAUCCGCGUCACGCAUGGCAUCGCUUCGUGGCUAAGACGCUUUUUUCCUUGGGGACAGAGAGAACAGGAUCGUGCGCGGCCGGGGCCCAGCCUCUUCGCGUGCCUCGUCUCAUUUUGCCGUUUUCGAGCGCCGGAGAGACCGAGUCGCGAACGAGCCGACAGAAUGACUAGUCAGGAGACACUUGACCAAGGGAUCAGUAACGUGGAAACCGAAUAUCUGGAGAUCAACUCGAAGGGAGCCUGGCCGAUUCUCUAUCAGCACAUACGUAAUGAAUGCAGCAAUUUUACAUAUACAUGCAAUGAGUCAAAGAAGCCACAAAACAAAAAUUUAAACCGUUAUAGAGAUGUUUUGCCAUAUGACGAUAGUAGGAUUGUUCUUAGAAGAGGCCCAUGUGAUUACAUCAAUGCUAAUCUCAUACAGGUAGAUCGUGCCCAUAGACAAUACAUUCUUACACAAGGACCAUUAGAAAAUACUGCUGGCCAUUUUUGGCUAAUGGUAUGGGAGCAAAAUUCUAAAGCUGUGUUAAUGUUAAAUAAGAUAAUUGAAAAGAAUCAUGUUAAAUGCUAUCAGUAUUGGCCUCUUGGUGAUUCAACAAUUAAUACUAUGAUGUUUCCGGAUGUUGGUAUAAAUGUAACAUAUAUUAGUAAAACAGAAUCAUCGGAUUAUACAACUAGAAUAUUGAAGUUAACUGACUUGGAAACAAAAGAAAGUAGAGAAAUAUUACAUUUCCAUUAUACUACUUGGCCAGACUUUGGAGUUCCACAAAGUCCAACAGCUUUUUUACAGUUCUUAACAGAUGUUAGACAAUCAGGAGCAUUGGAUCAAAAUGUUGGGCCUCCUGUGGUACAUUGUUCUGCAGGAAUUGGGAGAUCAGGGACAUUUUGUUUAGUUGAUACUUGUCUUGUUUUGAUUGAAGAAAAUGGAUUGAAUUCCGUAAAUGUGAGAGAGAUAUUAAUAGAAAUGAGAAGACACAGAAUGGGUUUAAUUCAAACACCGGAUCAACUAAGAUUUUCAUAUGCUGCUAUCAUCGAAGGAGCAAAACAAUUGCCAUCCAAUAAUGUGAAUAUUAAUAACGAAGUAGUAACAAAUCAUUAUGAUGUGGUAAGUAAUAUUAGUAAUCCUUCAAAUGGAGAGGAAGAUGAACCACCUCCUUUGCCACCUCCAAGAGGUGAAUCGUUAACACGUAGUAUGAUGGCUGACUUAACUUCAAAUCCAAUAACAAGAAAUGAUGAAUUAAGUAGACCACCUGACAAACCAUUGCCUAGAGAGCCAUCAGUUUCCACAGAAAUAUCCAUCAGUUCACAGAUUAUUGCAAAUUCUACAGUAAUUACAAACAAUUUACACGAACAGAAUUCCGACGGUGUUGCGGUGCCUAAUGAUAAUACCAGUGACGGUGAAAACUCUUCAAAAACAAUUAGUCCUCCGUCCAGUCCAGAUACGAAAAACGAAGUGCGUCAUCGUAAUAAAGAGAAGAAAGAACGUUUGGCAGCACAAGUGCGGGAGAUGAAGCGUCGUCAAAAAGAGAGUGAAGAAUGGCAGAAGCUUAAGAGGUCAUUAUUUAAACCUCUUACAAUAGGCAUAGGUGCUGCAAUUGUUGGUGGGGGUAUUAUAGCGAUUUGUGGCUAUUUGUACAUGCGUGGUUAAGAUCGAAUUGUUUUCCUAUCACGCAUGUACAUGGACUGUCGAAUUUGUCAGUGAUACUAGGUGAUCCGCACAUUCAAAGAUAGUUACUUUCACCAUGAAAUAUUUAACAGCUCUUUUGCACAUGCCGUUGAUUGUCGUUUCGAGAAAAUAAGUCAGGGAGAAGCAUUUAGUGUUAUAUAAUUUGAAGGAAAAAUGAACACAGUCGUCGUAAGGUGUUAGAAGAUAACUGACGAAUUUUUCUCAUUUUACCAAUCAAUUAAUUAGAUUAGUA